AUGCUCCUGCAGCCGCUGCGGCCCGAGUUCCGGAGGUGGCCGAUCUCCAAGACUCGGCCGGAUAACACUCCAGCCCCUUCGGCAUCUGCGGACAAGAAGACUGCAGGAACCUGCAAGAUCAACGCCCUGCAAUGUCUCCUGGGCCAGGUGGACUUCUCUUCAGAUGCCAGCCUCUCCCAUGGCAGCCAUGAAGAGGAGACAGCCUCCACGCCUACCCUGACAAAUUACAUGAAGGAGAAGACAGCAGAGGAUUACUUCCCCACUGGGGAAAGCAAGACCAACCCCUCUGAAGGCACCACGACACCCAGGCAGCAGAAUGUGCCCAGCUCUCAGGCAGCCAGAAGCAGCCACAUGAAGACGCCUAAGAUGAGCAACAUGCGCCAUCUGCUGGGGAACCUGACAGAUGAGCUGGCCAGCCCAGAGCAUGCCAAGAAGCAGCGCGCACCUGGCAGCCAGUACACCCCUCAGAACAAGGUGCAGCAGCGCACACCUGGCGAAACAAAGACCCCCAUGCCCAAUCCGCCAGUCCGCGUGCCAGUCAACGACUCCUCCAGUUCCUCAUCUGGCAAGGCAGACAGCAACAGCGUCAGUGGCACCACAUCUCAGAGCAACGAGGGCUACACAAUUGUCAAGGCUGCCUACAAGACGACCGCGACAUCGCGCAACACCGCCCCUCCUGCAAAGAAGCCCCCAAGGAAGACACCCGGCACACAGCAGGCUGCUGUGGCCAACCGCCUGCUGGGCCGCCCUGAGCACAAUCAGCCUGAAGCGCGACAUGCCAUCAAUCAGCUGCGCGAGUCAGACCGGCAGGAGAGCUUCGAGUUCCCAGCCAUCAGCCUCCAGCAGGCUCUUGUCAGCGGAGGCGUGAUCUGGAACCUGGACACCCCUGCAGAGCUUGAGUUCCAGCAGCGGCAGAACAGCAAGACGCCACAGCCCUUUGUAGCUCACAGCAGCCCAGUCAGGCACCCUGUGAUCAGCAUUGGGCAUCCAGCCUCCUGGGAGAUCUACAUGAGUGAGCCACUGCCAGCAGCGCCACCCCAUGUCAAUGCCCCCAGCAGUGGAUUUGGAGCACCUUCUCAGCUGCAGCAGACCUUCCUGCAGCCAGACACAGCCAGUCAGUAUCAGAACAUUGCCAUGGCCCUUCCCACCGGCUCGCGCAUUGGAGACGGCAGCUUUGUGCGUGGCACAAACCGCAUGCAUGCCCGCCCGCAGUCAGUCAGCAGCAUGCCUGCAGGCUUCUACAGUGCCCAGCAGGUGCACGUGCCAGCUGUGCAGAAUGACAGUGUCUUCUACACCAACAGCGAGGGCAUGCAGAGGGUGCAGCCGGCAUACAUGUCAGCGGGCGCGGUGGCCUCCCAGCCGCAUUUCAGCCCUCCACCCCUCUACACAAUCCCAGAAGUGGAUGCACCUGCACCCACCAUGCAGACAUCUAAGCCAGCCUGGCAGUCUCCUCCCUAUGCAGGAGAUGCGGGUGUUCCUGUGAUGAGGAACGGAAGGCCCUACAUGCGCAACGGUAUGCCUGUCAGGCUGCCGCUGCAGGACACAACAAAUGUCCUGGAGGGCCAAGACAUCCAGAGGAUUGCCACCAUGUGCUAUGUGCAGGCUUCCCAGGGGAAUGUGCCUUCCCAUGUGGACAAGCAUACUGUGAAGAAGCUGGUCCAGCAGCAGAUUGAGGCAAGCCAGCCCAUCCGUGCUCCCUGGUACCGUGAAGGCCCGCGCACAUCCAGUGGCUACAGGACCUGGGAUAGCCGUGGACCUGCCUCUCAGCACUACCCAGCCUACUCUCACAAGAAGCAGGGCAACAAAGCUGGCCUCAGCAGCAGCAGCCGGGCAGGAACGAUGCGUGAGAACAGCAGAGCUCAGGGCACCGGCUGCUUCAUCCCCACCGCACACCAGCUGCCCAGGGACUCUUACAGGCUGAGCACCAGGGACACUGAGAGUAGCUCUGCAGGGCCCAGCAUUUACAAUGCAGCAGCAAGCUCCUGGCAGGCCCCUGCUGCUGUCCAGGUUGCUGGAGGCCGCUGCAUGGCUGUGGGCACUGGCUGCUUCAUCCCCUCUGUGUGA